AUGGAACCGAGACGGAACUACCUUGCUCUCCGUCGAUUCUUCGAACCGUCCAAGUGCAGAUUUUAUCCUUACGCUACAGGGAGAGGAGGCUCUUGUAAGGAAGCCAUGAAAGAAGAGCUUGUGAAACUCGGAGCUGAGCUCUCUGUCUAUAAUCCUGUUUCAGAAAGGUUGCUUCAUGUUAUUCAUUAUGUCUACUCAAAACAUAUCCAACCCAAGAAUUGUGUUUAUGUUGAGCACCAUUGCGAAUCGGUCCAAUGGGAACUGAUCAGGAAGGAUUUUGCUGAAGGGAUCUUAGUUUUUCAUCGCCUUGAAUCCAUUCUCAGAAAAAAAGAUUGCUCUUUUGAUGAUCGGCUAUUAUCGUCCGCUAUUGCAAAAUACAAGCAAGUGCUGAAGAAGGUGGAGGAUAAAUUGAGGUCCGCAAAACAUGUUUCAGUGGCCAACGGGUUUGCGAGGGAGAUGGUAGAGCCUAAGAUCUAUGGCUUGUGGAAGUCUUUCUUUGAUGAAGAAGAAGAAGCAAUACCGGAAGUGAUAAGGACUAAGAUUCUUAGCGACCUGUUUGAGCCUUUUUUGAACAAACCAAAGCGUGGAGAGAUUCUGGCAUUGUCCCUAUCUUCUCCUUACAUUUUAGGGGAGAGUUUUGCAAUGCAGGAGCUGAAAGAGGAGGUUGUGCAACUAGGAGUUGAGCUCUCGCUACUUGUGGCAAGAUCCAUGUUCUCGCUGUGUGAUAACAUUCCUAGUGUGUUACAUUUCUGCUUUGUGUUAUACAGAGAUGUAAACAGGGACCGGAAUCUUGGUAGUGCCGUGGAGGACAGGUUGCUUCGUGUUAUUUAUUAUGUCUACUCAAAAUAUAUCAAGCCCAUGAAUCAGAAUGCUGGGAAAUCGGUCCAACGGAAUCUGAUCUCGACGACUUUGGAGAAUUUAGUCGUUGGAUUUGCAAACCUGAAUCGCCUUGUCGUCCACGUUAGAGUAUGUCUAGUAUUGAAGUAG